CGCCGCGUCUGCAGCGACCGCCAAGCUCUUUUUUGCUUGUGAGGUUUGACGGGCAGGGUACCUGGACCUAUACCUUUAUAGCAGCUUUAGGCUCAACUUUUCGGCGGGGAUCCCUCUGCAGACGUGCGGGUGGCGGGAGAGCAGAGGCAGCUGCAGUAAGUGCUGAGAGAGCCUGAAAGAAACACCAUGAAUUUUCAAACUCUCCCACAUGCAUUCCCGAAGCGCCUGUCUAGCGUCUAAGCGAGAGCAAGAGAGGGCUGGAGAGCAGGGGAGUCUGCGGGGCUGAGGCUCUUUGUCAGCCGCCUGCACUUCCUACACAACGCCUUCAUUCAGCAAAAACCUAUUGGGCGCCUACUGUGCGCCAGGCGAGGCGAAGCAGACCCAAGGCUGUGAAGCUCAGAGGGGAAAGGGACCGAUCCCAGUAAAUAAGCUACCGAGUUCUGUUUUGAACCCAAAGUGGAUGAUGCCGUCAGAGCUGAACCACUGAGGCUGUGAAAAAUUCCCAUCUUCUCUUUGGCCAUCAGUCGAGAAAAGAUGGAAGACUCUUACAAGGAUAGGACUUCACUGAUGAAGGGUGCCAAGGACAUUGCCAGAGAGGUGAAGAAACAAACAGUAAAGAAGGUGAAUCAAGCCGUGGACCGAGCCCAGGAUGAAUACACCCAGAGGUCUUACAGUCGGUUCCAAGAUGAAGAAGACGAUGAUGAUUACUACCCGGCUGGAGAAACCUAUAAUGGGGAGGCCAACGAUGAUGAAGGCUCAAGUGAAGCCACUGAGGGCCAUGAUGAAGAUGAUGAGAUCUAUGAGGGGGAGUAUCAGGGCAUCCCCAGUAUGAACCAAGCAAAGGACAGCAUCGUGUCAGUGGGGCAGCCCAAGGGCGAUGAGUACAAGGACCGGCAGGAGCUGGAAUCAGAAAGAAGAGCUGACGAGGAAGAGCUAGCUCAGCAGUAUGAGCUGAUAAUCCAAGAAUGCGGUCAUGGUCGUUUUCAAUGGGCCCUUUUCUUCGUCCUGGGCAUGGCUCUUAUGGCAGAUGGUGUAGAGGUGUUUGUCGUUGGCUUCGUGUUACCCAGUGCUGAGACAGACCUCUGCAUCCCAAAUUCAGGAUCUGGAUGGCUAGGCAGCAUAGUGUACCUCGGGAUGAUGGUGGGGGCGUUCUUCUGGGGAGGACUGGCAGACAAAGUGGGAAGGAAACAGUCUCUUCUGAUUUGCAUGUCUGUCAACGGAUUCUUUGCCUUCCUUUCUUCAUUUGUCCAAGGUUAUGGCUUCUUUCUCUUCUGUCGCUUACUUUCUGGAUUCGGGAUUGGAGGAGCCAUACCGACUGUGUUCUCGUACUUUGCUGAAGUGCUGGCCCGGGAAAAGCGGGGUGAACACCUGAGCUGGCUCUGCAUGUUCUGGAUGAUCGGUGGCAUCUAUGCCUCUGCCAUGGCCUGGGCCAUCAUCCCGCACUACGGUUGGAGCUUCAGCAUGGGAUCGGCCUACCAGUUUCACAGUUGGCGUGUGUUUGUCAUCGUCUGUGCACUCCCUUGUGUCUCCUCCGUGGUGGCCCUCACAUUCAUGCCUGAAAGCCCACGAUUCUUGUUGGAGGUUGGAAAACAUGAUGAAGCUUGGAUGAUUCUGAAGUUAAUUCAUGACACCAACAUGAGAGCCCGGGGUCAGCCUGAAAAGGUCUUCACGGUAAACAAAAUAAAAACUCCUAAACAAAUAGAUGAGCUGAUUGAAAUUGAGAGUGACACAGGAACAUGGUAUAGGAGGUGUUUUGUUCGGAUCCGCACCGAGCUAUAUGGAAUUUGGUUGACUUUUAUGAGAUGUUUCAACUAUCCAGUCAGGGAUAAUACAAUAAAGCUUACGAUUGUUUGGUUCACCCUGUCCUUUGGGUACUAUGGAUUAUCUGUUUGGUUUCCUGAUGUCAUUAAACAUCUGCAGUCCGAUGAAUAUGCAUUGCUAACCAGAAAUGUGCAGAGAGAUAAAUAUGCAAAUUUCAGUAUUAACUUUACAAUGGAAAAUCAGAUUCAUACUGGAAUGGAAUACGACAAUGGCAGAUUCAUAGGGGUCAAGUUCAAAUCUGUAACUUUCAAAGACUCUGUUUUUAAGUCCUGCACCUUUGAAGAUGUGACUUCACUCAACACCUACUUCAAGAACUGCACAUUUAUUGAUACUGUUUUUGACAACACAGAUUUUGAGCCAUAUAAAUUCAUUGACAGUGAAUUUAAAAACUGCUCAUUUUUUCACAACAAGACGGGAUGUCAGAUUACCUUUGAUGAUGACUAUAGUGCCUACUGGAUUUAUUUUGUCAACUUUCUGGGGACAUUGGCAGUAUUGCCAGGGAACAUCGUGUCUGCUCUGCUGAUGGACAGAAUUGGGCGCUUAACAAUGCUAGGUGGCUCUAUGGUGCUUUCGGGCAUCAGCUGUUUCUUCCUUUGGUUUGGCACCAGUGAAUCCAUGAUGAUAGGCAUGCUGUGUCUGUACAAUGGAUUGACCAUCUCGGCUUGGAACUCUCUUGACGUGGUCACUGUGGAACUGUACCCCACAGACCGGAGGGCAACAGGCUUUGGCUUCUUAAAUGCGCUAUGCAAGGCAGCAGCCGUCUUGGGAAACUUAAUAUUCGGCUCUCUGGUCAGCAUCACCAAAUCAAUCCCCAUCCUGCUGGCUUCUACUGUGCUUGUGUGUGGAGGACUCGUUGGGCUGCGCCUGCCUGACACACGAACCCAGGUUCUGAUGUAAUGGGAAAAAAGCCAUCCUUCCUGCGUUUCUUCCUCCUGCCCUGGGUCAAUUCUCCUUCCUGACUCAAGGCUUCAGAGUUUUCCUAUAUAGAAAGGUGAUCAAGUAUCAGAACAUAAACACUUGCUAUGACUUAAAAUUUAGAAGCAUAUCAUCUUGCCCCUUUGUGAUUUUGCACAGGUUUUGUUUGUUUGUUUGUUUUGUUUUAAUGCAUUAAUUAUCUUUCCAAACUGUGAUGCUACUGCCUCCCGCAAAUCAGUGGAAGCAUUUCUAAAAUGCCCUAGGCAGCCAGGCUUCCCUGGGGUUGUGCUUAUUGAAAGUUUAGAGCUAAGAAGACUGGGCUGGUGUAAGAAAUAGAUCCUGCUCCUAAUUUAACAUUAACAGGAAAUAUAAGUCGGCACAUUAUUGCAUUUGUGCUGAGAAGAGGGAUUCUUUUUUUUUUUUUUUUUUUUUUCUGACACAGUGAUAUUUCCUGUUUACUUAGAAAAGGACACCCAGUAAUUCUUGCUGUUAUAGCAGAGCCUUUCAAAGAAAACCAUGUGGCACCAAACAGGGCUGGGUGGGGCUCUUUGGAGCAAGACAAUUAAGGUGACUCUGCUGACAAGAAAAAUAAAAGCUCUGCAAUUAGCAGCAAAAAUCUGAGUGAGCUGCAUAAGCAAGAUUUCUGUCAGAAAGCCCAAUUAAACCUCUGAAGAGUGUGAGGAAAAAGGACUGUAACAGUAUCUGUGAUUGUGGCACGUGGUUCAGAAUGUUUGAAAAUCAGAGAUUGGAGAGAGAGCUUCUGCCUCCAUUUACCACCCCCACUCCUUCAGCUGCCCUUGGUCUUGCCAGACAGCAGAUUCAAGGAAAGAAAGCUGCUUCUUAAAAACUGUCUGCCUACCUGAUUCUGCCACUUACCCACACUGUCUCUAGUCUAGAGAUUGCCAGUGGAUACCUAAAUUGUAAAUUGCAAAUUAGGAAGAAAUUCACACCUAGAGCCAUUUGGAAAUACAAAAUGGUGCCUCUUUCUGGUACCUCUUUUCUGUGGGACUGGCCCGCCAGGACCCCCACCUCACCUGCCCCGCAGUUGACAUCCAGCUUCCCAGCUGGCAUCGCCAAAGAGGGUUUGUCCCUCUAGCUUCCCCAGGGCUGGCCCACUGCUCAGUGCGCUCCUAGCUCGCUGCAAAAUCACAGCCUGCCCGCACUCCUGAGGGGCCUUCUCACAGACAGACCAUCUCCCUGUGGUUGUUCGGCUGCUCAUUUUACCUCUGGAAUCUGCCUGGGCUUGGAAGAAAGAGGUCAGCCAGGACAUUCCCACGGGCCCGCUGUCAGCUACAUGACCUUCUCGCCUCUCGGGCUCCCCUUCCCCCAGGCUCGUCCUUUUUACACAUCUUCUUUGAAAUCUGAACCUUCCUUGUAGACUUGCAGCCAAUCACCAGAAGCCAGGAAUAAAUCCCAUAUUUAAACAAUAUUCCUUUUUUAACUGCCUCGUUAGAGGUUUCUUCUUGUUACUUAUUAUAGGCAUUUUCAGGCAAGCCAUAGCUUGGGGCCCCCAGGAAGGGAAAGCUUUUGUUUCUACUAAUCAUUAUAUUCAGAGAUGUCCUAACUCCCCUGAGGCCCCCCUGCCUCCCCCUCCCCUUCCUAAUGAUCCCUCCUAGAGCUCAGACUAAGUGAAAAGCUUCUUUCAUUAACAUAAGCCAUUAAUCGACUUCCCCUUGAAGUAAUUCAGGUCUGCAGAGGGGGGCAGACUGGUAUUGGGGGCAGUGGGAAGAGGGUGGUUCCCUGGGGAUCUGUGAUCAGGGCUAGAACAUCAGGAAAACCUGAACCAAAAACUGCAAAGGUGGCAGGAAGAAGAAAAAUCACUGAAGGCUAGACAAGAUGCAUUUGAAAGAUACCAACAGCGGAGGGAAAGAAACCACUUUCGCUCACCUCUGCCUCCCAUCAUUUUAUUGGAGAACAAAGACAGCAGUCAAACAACCCAAGAAAGUACCCUGCAUGUUUUUCUUCUUCCACGUGUACUCAUUUUCCCACCUAUCCAUCCCUGAUUUGUCUUCUUAAAAAAGAUAUUUGGGGACCUGAACAGGUCUUUUAGUUGAAUGCAGCAUGUGCAGAAAUAACUGCAAAAGCCAGGAGUGCAUCUCCAUCAACCCAUCAAAAGAAAAAUAGAAAUGCGUAUGGACAUCACUAUCUCUAGUCUUCUGUGAUAGUUCACUUUGCUUACUAGACUACCUUUACUUUUUAAAAUGUCUCUAAUGUCUGCUCUGGGGUCUAAAUGCAUAAAACAUCUCCCAAGCUGCAGAGCACAGUUAUUCAGAAUUUUAUUUGAACACUGGGUUGAGUCAACACAGGAUAAACCAGCAAAACCUUACUUCUUGAGACCUCCCAUCCGUGUCCCCUGCAGAAGGACUGUUCUUGGUCUACUUGCUACCUAAUCCAAGCAUCCUUGGUGGCCUAAGAGGGAUAUUUUCUAAUCUCCUGGAGAGUCUGUGGUCACAAACCUUCUUGGUCACCACCUCUCCCACCUUUUAUGCACUCUUCCCUGCCUCCUUGAGAUUGUUCAUCACCUUGAUUUUCUAAGAGAGCUCAAAUCAUUUCCAAAGUAUGUGGUGUGGCCUGUCUGGCUUGCUCUGGAUUUAGCUAGAGAUUAAGAAACAGCCAGGAUAUUAAACAGAGAGUCUCAGCUGUAUCAGUGUAGCAGGCUGCUGGCACUCAAACCUGCAACUGGCAUCUCAUUUCAUCUACAGUAGAAGGAAAAUGAAAAUUUGCACAAAAAUGAAAACCGAGGAAAUAGUCCACUUGCUCCUUUAUUUUUACCGCCUUUUCUAACUAAAAUUUCCCUAUUGCUCUUUGGAAUCAAUCCAGAGUGCUCCCAAGUCCCAUUAUUAUCACAGAAUCUUCUCAGUAGGGAAAAUCAAACAAUUGCUUCAAACUGUCAAUUCUGUAUGUACCACAUUCUAUCCCAGGUAUUGGGUCUUAAAGCACCCAACUCACCUUCAGUCCUGCUGCCUGAAUCAUCUCACACCAGAGUACAAACCUGGGAGACGCAAUAGGUGGGUCCUAGCCUGACUUUCACCACUGAGCAGUACAGGGACCCAGAUCUUGCUGGGGAGACUGUAAGUCCUUGAACAUCUCUGGUUCUCACUUUCCCCAUGCACAAAGUAAAGGAUUGGAACUAGUCUGCUCUCCACUCUCCAGCAUUCUAGAAGACAGUGAUGAAAAUAACUUCAUCUCAUCUGCCUUCUUAUACUAAACUCAUCCUUUUUUCCUUUUUUUUUUUUUUUUUUUUUUUUAUUUGAUGGAGUUUCGCUCUGUUGCCCAGGCUG